GAGCCCCCCGAGCGCCCACCCCAUGGAGCUCUUUGAGACCAACCCUUAUUUUUUCCCGGACCAGAGGUUUUACGAUGGGGAAAAUUUCCUGGGCUCCCGGCUGCAGGGCUACGACCCAGCAGCGUUCCCCGAGCGUCACCCCGAGGUGUCCCUGUGUCCGGAGGGCAGGGUGGCUUUGGAAGAGAAGGACUCGACCCUGGCCGAGCAUUGUCCCGGGCAGUGCCUGCCCUGGGCCUGCAAGGUUUGCAAGAGGAAAAGCGUUUCCAUGGACCGGCGCCGGGCGGCCACGCUGCGGGAGAAGCGGAGGCUGAAGAAGGUGAACGAAGCCUUCGAGGCGCUGAAGCGCAGCACCCUGCUCAACCCCAACCAGCGCCUCCCCAAGGUGGAAAUCCUGCGCAGCGCCAUCCAGUACAUCGAGAGGCUCCAGAGCCUGCUCAGCACCCUCAACCAGCAGGAGAGGGAGCAGAGGGAGCUGCGCUUCCGUCCCCCAGCCCCCCAGCCCCCCGUGCCCAGUGAGUGUGGGUCCAGCAGCUCAUCCUGCAGCCCUGACUGGAGCAGCCAGCUGGAGUUUGGCACCAACCCCACAGACCAGCUCCUGGCUGAGGAGGCAGCAGAGGAUCGGAACCUCCACUCUCUCUCCUCCAUCGUGGAGAGCAUCGCGGUGGAGGACGUGGCUGUGACGUUCCCGGAGGAACGGGUUCAGAACUGAGCAAACCCCGGCGGCUCCUGGAGCUGGGGACGGGGUGGGAAGGAAGUGCCGGAAGGGUCGAGCCGCUGGAAAUCCCGUUUAUGCCCCCGGUGUCCCGGACCGCACCGCCUCCUGUCCCCGCUCCUCGCCGAACGCUCCGGGGGGAGCCGGGGCUGCGGGGACCCCCCGGGUGCUGCGGGAGCGGCCGCGGGUCUCGGGUUCUGCUCCGCUCCCCGGCCGGGACGAUCUCGGGUUUUUGAGGGCCAAUGUGUGUGCUGGGUUCGCUUGCUGAUUUUUAUUUUUUGUUUUCCCCACGAUGCUC